ACUGCGCAAGCAACUCCCUUUCAAAGACAACUUUCUUGCAUUGGCGAACUUCCCUCCAGGACUGUUCCUGUCAACGGUAUCUCGCGACACCUUCCCAGUGGCAUUCCAUUCUUACAUUCCUUAGGACGUCCCACCACAUAAGAGACCUCCUCCCUUCCUGGAUCUUAGCCCCCAGACUACAACAUCACACUUUUGAAGCCUGGUUACUAUCCGUUCAUCAGCUCCCCUCCUCCAAAUCCGGUUGCCCCGAGCUUCAACUCUCCAUUAUCGUGCGCAAAACAAGAAAGCUUCACUUCACCUCACCUUCCACUCUCAUCCCUGGACUGCUCGACGCAAUUUCUCUAACGCACUACCAAGAUGAAAGUCUACCUUGCGGGCCCAGAUGUCUUCAUGCCGAAGCCCGAGGCCCGAGGAGAAGAGCUCAAAGCUCUCUGCACAAAGCACGGAUUAGAAGGCCUCUUCCCUCUCGACGAUAAACUCACAGGAUUUGAACACGGUAGCGUCGCAAUGGCAGACGCAAUCCGAACUGCGAAUAUGGAGCUCAUAAAAUCAUGUGAUGCUAUCUUAGCCAACAUGACUCCGUUCCGUGGCCCCUCGAUGGAUGUCGGGACGGCAUAUGAGAUGGGCGUUGGCGCUGCUUUGGGGAAGCUGGUUGUGGGGUAUACGAUGCAGGGAGAUAGCUAUGUUGAGAAGGUCAAGAGACUGCACACCGUGACGAGAGAUAAGGAUGGGUAUUUGAGGGAUGAGGCUGGAAUGAGCGUUGAGGAGUUUGGGAUAGGAAAGGGAGAGGAGCCGUUAGUGGAUAACUUGAUGAUUGCGUGCGGUGUCCAUAAAUUAUGCAAGAGCGAAGAGGAGGGUGUGAAGGCCAUCGCUGAUGUAUUGCUAAGCAAGACGUAGUAGCAACGCGCAAAUAAGCAUCGCAAUUCUAGAAUACAUUACUUCUUGC